GUGGAACUGAAGGACAGCCGACAGCUGACUGGCAGCACCAAUGGACGGGGUGGUCAACCUGACCUCCUACUCGAUGGAGAACCUCAGCGACUGCCCGUCCAUCGAGGGCUUCAGGAACAAGGUCUACUGCUGGUCCUACUCCAUCAUCACGGCGCUGGGCCUCCUGGGAAACGGCCUGGUUCUGGUGGUGCUGCUGAGAACCUACCGGCAGAACUCUCCCUUCAACAUCUACAUGCUGAACCUGGCGCUGUCGGACCUGCUCUGCGUCUGCACGCUCCCCAUGAGAAUCCUCUACUACCUCAACCAGGGCCACUGGCUCCUGGGGGACUUCCUGUGCCGAGUGGGCUCCUACGCGCUCUACGUCAACCUCUACUGCAGCAUCUUCUUCAUGGCGGCCAUGUCGGUCACGCGCUUCCUGGCGGUGUCCUACCCAGUCAAGAGCCUCCACAUCAUGACCCGCGGGCGAGCGCGCCACGUCUGCCUGGCCGUGUGGGCGGUGAUCUGCCUGCUCUCCUCACCGUUCCUCAUGUCGGGCCAACAUCUGGACCCCGUCACCAACAAGACCAAGUGCUUUGAGCCGCCACGGGGUCAGCGCCUUCAGAAACUCGUGACGCUGAACUACGUCUCGCUGCUGAUCGGCUUCGUCCUGCCCUUCGCCCUGAUCCUGCUCUGCUACUCCGGCAUCAUCCGCACGCUUCUCACACGCAAGCUGGCCUCCAGGUCGACCGCCGACACCAAAGCCAUCCGGAUGAUCGUCAUCGUUCUGCUGACCUUCCUCGUCAGCUUCACGCCAUACCACGUGCAGCGCACCGUGCACCUGCACUUCCUGUCCCGCGCUGGGACUUCCUGUCGGGAGCGGGUGGCCAUGCACAAGUCGGUGGUGGUGACGUUGUCUCUGGCGGCCGCCAACUCCUGCUUCGAUCCGCUGCUCUACUUCUUCUCGGGCGGAGGUUUCCGGAGCCGCCUUUCCUCCGUGUUCAGGCCGGAGCAGAGCAGUGGCCACACACGUUGCUGUGGGCCUUGAGAAAUCCAGACUGAAUCAGCCACUGGACUGAUGUGAACUUGCUGAGGAAUCAUUGGAUUUCUCUGGUCACAGUGCAGCUACACUUCCCUGCUUCCUCCUAGCUGUUCGGCAUCAGAAAAACAUCAGAGAGGUAUUGAAAAAUCAUUCAUUAAAUGUGUCGAGUUUUCGCUGCACUUCUCUUGGGUGAGCGUUCCAAACACCAUCGAGACAUCUUCUCCUCGUGGCAUUUCACUGAAGUUUUUAUUUGUAUAAUUUUCUUUUUUUUUCAGCUAAAUAAACAAGCCUUUAUUUGUCAAAUGUCUAUGGCGUUAAAGCUGACAAAGCUUCCUUCCACAUGUCAGUAAAGGUUAACGUGAUGU